CAGUUGCCAGCUCUAAUCAACAUAUUAUUACUGCCCGUUCCCCAGUUGCACCGGUCUUCUCUCUUCUUGACGUUCGUGACUCUCGUCUUUUUCGGUGCAUUAGACAGAGACUCGAUUGCUGCCCGUCAAACUUGUUCUUGAAUCGCUGUUGAACCUAUCCAUACCUUUUAGAAUCUUCAUUACUACCCGUCAACAUGUCUGGUCCAGUAGCGCGACUGGCUGGCCUCAAGGUCGGCCCUGCGCAGGCCGAACCCAGUGGUGAUUUUGGUCUCAUUGGCCUGGCGGUCAUGGGUCAGAACCUGAUCUUGAAUGCCGCCGACCAUGGUUUCACCGUCGUUGCCUUCAACCGAACCGUUUCCAAGGUCGACCGUUUCCUCGAGAAUGAGGCCAAGGGCAAAUCCAUUGUCGGAGCCCACUCGAUCGAGGAAUUCGUUUCCAAGCUCAAGAAACCCCGCCGCAUGAUGCUCUUGGUCAUGGCUGGUCCUGCCGUGGACGACUUCAUUGAAAAGCUGCUCCCCUACUGCGACAAGGGUGAUAUCAUCAUUGACGGCGGAAACUCCCACUACCCGGACAGCAACCGCCGCACAAAAUACCUUGCCGAGAAGGGCAUUCGAUUCGUGGGAACCGGUGUCUCUGGCGGUGAGGAAGGUGCCCGUUAUGGCCCUUCGCUGAUGCCCGGUGGUAAUGAGGAGGCUUGGCCCUACAUCAAGGACAUCUUCCAGAGCAUCGCUGCCAAGUCCGACGGCGAGCCCUGCUGCGACUGGGUCGGUGAUGAUGGUGCUGGACACUACGUCAAGAUGGUUCACAAUGGUAUCGAAUACGGUGACAUGCAGCUGAUUUGCGAGGCCUACGACAUCAUGAAGCGUGGUCUCGGAAUGAGCUACCAGGAGAUGGGUGACGUUUUCGCCGAAUGGAACAAGGGUGUCUUGGACUCUUUCCUCAUCGAAAUCACCCGAGACGUCCUUCGCUACAACGACGACGACGGCAAGCCGCUUGUCGAGAAAAUUCUUGACUCUGCUGGCCAGAAGGGCACCGGCAAAUGGACUGCUAUCAACGCUCUUGACCUCGGCAUGCCUGUCACUUUGAUCGGCGAGGCUGUCUUCGCUCGUUGCCUGAGUUCCAUCAAGGACGAGCGUACCCGUGCUUCCAAGCUGAUUGACGGCCCCAAACCUUCUUUCACGGGAGACAAGGCCGCUUUCCUCAAGAACCUCGAGCAGGGCCUCUAUGCUUCCAAGAUUAUUUCAUAUGCCCAGGGUUUCAUGCUGAUGCAAACCGCUGCCAAACAGUACGGCUGGAAACUCAACAAGCCAUCCAUCGCCCUUAUGUGGCGUGGUGGCUGUAUCAUUCGAUCGGUCUUCUUGAAGGACAUCACCUCUGCUUACCGUGCUGACCCUAACCUCGAAAACCUGCUGUUCAACGACUUCUUCAACAAGGCCAUCCACAACGCUCAAGAGGGCUGGAGAGACGUGAUUGCAUUUGCCGUCAAGUCUGGUAUUCCCAUGCCGGCCUUCAGCACCGCCCUGGCCUUCUUCGACGGCUACCGCACAAAGGACCUCCCCGCCAACUUGCUCCAGGCUCAGCGUGACUACUUCGGUGCCCACACCUUUGUGAUCAAGCCCGAGUAUGCCAACGAGAAGUACCCCAAGGGCGAGCACGUCCACGUCAACUGGACUGGCCGUGGUGGAAACGUCUCUGCUUCCACCUACAAUGCCUAGACGUGUCGUCGUAUCUCCCCAUUCCCUCUCUGUCUCUCUUUCGCAUGUCUUCUAGCAUCGUCUUGGGAGACGGGACUUUCGAAAACUUGUCCAUGCUGGCUUUUUGGUUGUGCAUGGCACUUUCGCUUGGAGGGCUUCAGGAUUGCAUCUAAGGCAUAGAUAGUGUUCAUAAUUGGGCCGUGUUUUUGUGCCUGGAAAAUAAAAACUUGAUCCUGGGACCGCCCGCUCCCCCCCCCUCUUCCCCCUUUGCGGCUUUCGGUGAAACUCCAACCCCG